AUGCCUCGUUCAGGUUUAAUCACCUUUAGUUUUGUGGUGGGUCUUACGAUUACUCGAGUCGGGAAACUAGCACAGCCGCUAGCCGACUUUUUUAUGGCUUUGGAAACUGUUGUCACGAGGAUUCUGCGGUUGAUCCUAUGUCAAUGUCGACGAAUCGAAAUCGUUUACUUGAGGUUCGGAAUUAUCGGUAUCCCUUCACUGAUCGCCCAUGAGGUACUCAAUGUGGAUGAUCUCUUAGCAACUGCUCAGUCAGUAGCUAUGUUUAUAUUAACAGUUACAACUGGCACUCGUCAAAAUCCGUACAAAUUUCUUCGAGGUCUCACUCAAGCUGCUCUCACAGGCUUUGGAACAUCCUCCAGGUUCCGUUUGACACUUGCCUCAUUGAGUAGUUUUUAUUCUGACUGUAACAUAAUUUUCAACCUGUUUUCAAUUGCCUAUCAAGCUGGAAACAUCCGUCUUCAAAUUUUACAGUCGGUCUGA